AUGUCGAAAGACCUCAAACCGUAUCCAGCAACAUUUGCUUACUUGAUAUCAGCAUCCAGAGGCGAUGCAAAGAGGCUAAUGCGUGUGAUGAAGGCACUGUACCAUCCAGGGAACUACUAUCUGAUCCAUGUGGAUGCUGCUGCACCUGCAAAGGAGCACAGAGAAAUAGCUGAAUUCGUGUCUACUGAUCCAGUUUUUGGGAUGGUUGGAAAUGUUUGGAUUGUUGGGAAACCAAAUUUGGUUACUUAUAGAGGUCCUACUAUGCUUGCUACUACACUCCAUGCAAUGGCAAUAUUGUUGAGGACUUGCAAAUGGGACUGGUUCAUUAAUCUCAGUGCCUCUGAUUAUCCCUUAGUCACCCAAGAUGAUCUGAUAGAUGCCUUUUCUAGCUUACCAAGAAAUCUCAACUUUAUACAGCAUAGCAGUCGCUUGGGCUGGAAACUGAAUAAGAGAGCCAAGCCAAUUAUGAUAGACCCUGGCCUCCACAGCCUCAACAAAUCAGAGAUCUGGUGGGUUAUUAAACAAAGGAGCCUCCCAACUGCCUUCAAGCUGUAUACAGGCUCUGCUUGGACCAUAUUAUCAAGAUCUUUUGCUGAGUAUUGCAUUGUGGGUUGGGACAACUUGCCAAGGACUCUUCUUCUCUAUUACACCAACUUUGUGUCCUCCCCUGAAGGCUACUUCCAAACUCUAAUAUGCAACUCUGAAGACUAUAAAAAUACUACAGCUAACCACGACCUUCAUUACAUCACUUGGGAUACACCUCCUAAGCAGCACCCAAGGUCCCUAGGGGUUAAAGAUUAUCGAAGAAUGAUCUUAAGCAGCCGGCCAUUUGCAAGAAAGUUCAAGAAAAACGAUGCAGUUCUCGAUAAGAUUGAUCGCGAGCUUCUUAAAAGAUACAAGGGACAAUUUUCCUAUGGGGGCUGGUGUUCCAGGAGUGGCAAAAAGCGUGGAACUUGUUCAGGUUUGCAAAAUGAGAACUAUGGUGUUUUGAGGCCUGGACCAGGAUCAAGAAGGUUGCAAAAUUUGCUGACCAAACUUCUCUCGGAAAGGAACUUCAAGCGGCAAUGCAGAUGA